AUGGAUCUAGAAGAGGAGAAACAAACUCUUCACCAUUUUAGUCAUCAACACCCAUUAGAAAGUAGUAUCUGUCCAUCUCCUACUGGAAAAGUUACCUGCAAUGGAUGCAAUCUUGCAAUAUUUUCCGGUAAGGACUACUAUGACUGUAAAACUUGCUCAUUUUCGCUGCACCGGGUGUGUUCAAGCAUGCCUAGAAAAACUAGACACGCUUCACAUCCAAAUCACUAUCUAACCUUAUUAGUUUCACUUCCAUCUAGUACCUGUAAAUGUAUGGCUUGCGGAGAAAAUGUCUCUGGCUUUUACUAUAAUUGUGCUGAGUGUAGCGUUUACUAUCAUAUCCUAUGCUCGGCCUUACCCCUGUCCGUUGCAAUCUUAUCCCAUCCUCACACACUCAAAAUAGAAUUUGUACCUCCAUAUGCUUUUUCUUGUGACUUGUGUGAUAAACCAAGUUCUUUAGGGUGGUUGUAUAGAUGUAGAUUUUGCGAAUUUGAUGCCCAUAUUUCUUGUGCUAUUUCUAACCAAAGAACUAAACAUGUUCCAUUAGCUAAUACUUUAACUAGGCAAAUUAUAUACUCGUCUGCUUCGAUAAUGGAGAUGAAUAGAUUAAUUGAUUAUGGAGUUGAGAGUAAUGAGCUAAUGCAAUUAGUAGUACAAGGAGUUACAAACCAUCAAGAUGGAAAUGGCCGUCAAGAAGUUGCCGGCACUGCAUUGACCGGAUGGAAUGAGAGACUUCGAAGCCCUCGAAAGAAAAUUGAGAAUGGAAAUGUACACAUGUCUAGUAAUUUAGCAAGUAUAGAUCAAUCGACUCCGGUUUCUGAAGAGUUGAGUACUAUUGCAAGUUAUCAAUUCAGUGACAUGUGUUUUUCAAUAGAUUUGAUGAAGUCCAGUUCAAGUCAAGAUCAGAAAAGUCAAGCAAAGGAGGACAUUGAAAAAGUUGUUCCUGAAACUGAAGAAAAGAUUCCAGGGAAAUUCCAAGAACAACGUAAUAAGCCAGUUUUCAAUCCCCUCUACAAGGCUCCAGAGAAUUGGCUUAAUGAAGUAUCAUUGCUUGCAGAUGAGAAAUUAGGGCAAAAUCAUGAGAAUAUGAAACUGCAGGUUAAAGAUCAGAGUAUCAAAUCGAAUUCGGCACGUUGGCGGAAGCUUAUUAGUUGUUGCUAUCAUUCAAGGUAUCAGCAAUGUUCUAAAAGCUUCAAGAAUGGAGGUCUAUGA